AUGUCACGGUUGAUAGACAUAAUCAGUGCUCUACCAGACGCUCUUCUUCAUCACAUUCUCUUUUUUCUUCCGACAAAAGAGGCUGCCGCCACAAUGACCCUCUCAAAGAGGUGGAAACCACUACUUUCCAUAAUCAACUUAGAUGAUCAACACUUUCCAGACCCUUCCGCCUUUCGUGAAAUGUUCAACUCUUUCACCACAAAUAGAGAUAAAACUCUACCAAUCCACUCAUUCCAGCUCAUAUGUCGCGGCCACAACCACUAUUGCAUAGACGAUAUCCCCAAUUUUGUUAAUGCCGUAGUUCAACGGAAUGUUGAAAACCUCAGCAUUGAUCUCUCCAACUCACUAUUCCCUACUUUUGUUCUAACUACCAAAUUCUUGUCAGUCCUCAAAUUGAAGAAGUUACUAUUGGACGAUUUUCGUUCUGUUGAUCUUCCCUCGCUCAAAUUCCUUUGUUUAGAAUCUGUCACUUUCACACAUCAUUCAUAUCUUAUCAAAAUCCUAUCCGCCUGUCCGGUUCUAGAGGAGUUGGAAACAAAAGAUUUAACUGUAAAGAAAAUUUAUGGCCUGCAUCGUUAUUGUCCAGAUACAUACGUUACAUGGUUAUCCAAAUUGGCCCGAGCUAACAUUUCUGGUAGACAUGUUUUCUACGAUUGCCUUAACAAUGCGGAGCAUCUGCAACUACACGUCGUGUUCCCCUAUGGCCUACACAAUAUGUUUCACAAUUUAACCUACAUUGAGCUUGCAUUAGACCUUUUGCCUCGUCGAGGGUUCUUCAAGUGGAACUGGUUGAUGAAGCUGCUUCCAAAAUCCCCCAAACUUCAAACUCUUAUCAUUCAUGAGGUUGAUAUAGUAAACAAUUUUGCUGAUAAAGAAUGGGUGAGUAUACCAAAAAUUGUUCCAGAAUGCCUCUUAUAUCAUCUUACAACAUGUUCAAUUAGAAAUUACAGCCGCAUAAAUUGGGAACUUCCAUUUGCAAAAUAUAUCAUGGGUAAUUCAAGAGUACUAAGCACCAUGACAAUUCAGAUUGCCAAAUCCGUAAAGUCAGAUACAAAAAUCCAAAUGUGCAAGGAGUUAUCUUUGUGCCCAAGGAAUUCAGCCACAUGCAAACUUUUAUUUAUUUGA